UUCCUCGUUCCCUCACACAAACUUCUGUCAAAGUCGUAUCGCAUUAUUCACACUUACGUUCGGAUAUUUCGCACAAUUCUCUCAAAGGUUCCACCAUCUUUACUUGCAACUGUACAUCUUCACACCAAGUCAUUCCCAUUAUGUCGUUGUCACCGAACUGUGCCUCGGGCUGUAUCUAUUGGUUGAUGGGCAUGCGCAACCGUAACUCCGACAUACUGUACAAGCUGAAUAACCAAUUCAGUUGCCUCAGUAAACUUUCAAGUUGCUUCCAAGGAAUCCUGUCAAGAUACGUGCCUUUCGUCGUCGGUGAAACCAUUCAAGUUUUACAUGAUACUACAUAUACUAGCGCAACUUCAGAGGACAAGAAGGAAUAAUUUGAGCUGCGAGACACGAAGGUGAUGACGUCGGAGCUAGGGGAUUUUUUUUUGCACACGUGUUUAGGUCAAGCUUCCCAUCCCAUUCACCAGAUUGACACUGCCGGUACUUACAGGAACGCAAUUUAUCAUUGCUUGAUCCGUCGGUUACCACCGUCCGUUGCUAGCUGAACGGGAAGCUGUUGUCAGUACAUCGCCAUGAAAUUGCAGGCUCGACCACCAGGCCCACGGACAUACCCGUCCUAUGCAGUUCCGAUGAAACAAGCAUUCCUUCAUUAAACGCACAGGAUGGGUAGAUACUACCAGAAUCCAAAGAAGGCGGAGUAAGUUUUGAUAACGAUUUCCGUGCUUUGGGCUAACGAAGACCUAUGCAGCCACUAUUGAACAGUGAACGGCGCGUUCUAGUUCCCGCACGUACCGGCUUUUCCAUCGAUUGGUUGAGGCCGAAACACACUCGAGAAUAGUACACGGAGCAAGUAUUUCUAUCGGGCGUCUAGCUGCUGGAACGUCUAUUUAAGAGUUCGCUCUUUCAAGAUUCAUUUUAGCUUCAUGCCCUCUCAGGAUUUAAAUCAAGUCAGAUUGUCAGCGGAUGAAAGUAGCACCGAGCCAGCCCACUCGACUCAUCCCAUCAUGAACACUCGGCGCGAGAGCGAUCGUUCUCAUUCGAUGCGCCUGACUAGUACACUUCAUAACGUUCAUUUCGAGACCAGCAAUUAUGACAACUCCGGCUGGUCCACAGAUUCUUCUGCACUUUAUCAUACUCUACCCGAUGCUAGCCAUCUGGAGGAAUCAUUUCACUCUCAAAACUACGUCUACACGGCACCUCUUCCUCAUGAACAUCACCUCUAUGACUAUAGCUCUGCUCACCGUCUUGUUCAGGAAACAGACUCCUUUACCGACACAAGCUCUCAACAGCAGUGGCUCUCCAAUCCCUCCCACUCAGAGUCGAGCUCCUUCGUCCAUCCCAACCUCGCUCUGCCACAUUAUACCCCAUACAACACUUCCCAACCUUUCCCUCAAUGGACUCCCAUCCCCGGAGAGAAUCCAUCGACGAUAAAUGCCAGCACCUCCGCGUCCCGCACAAUGACGGAAGGAAAUCAACCCCCCAGUUCUACGCCACACAACAUUGAUCUCAGCAACGACCAUUCCAACUCCAUUCAUUCUCUUUCUUCGUAUUCCCGUGUCCACGUGGGCUCCCCAGCAACGACACGAGUCGCCCUCUCACAACGGAGAAGACCCGCCGCUUACUUUUGCGAUGUUCCAGGAUGUACGUCGAAGGGAUUUACGACGAUGCAUAAUUUCCAAUAUCACCAGCGAUCACACCAGGAUAGCAGGCCUUUCGUGUGUCCUCACUGUUCUCAAGGAUUUAUGUCUCAAUCGGAUUUGACUAGACAUCGUAGGCGGUGGGGGAAAACAUGUCCCGCUCAAGGUGGCCCGAGUGCGAGAUUGAACUACUAAGAGGGUUACUUUUCCCUACUUUUCUUCCUUUGGAGCGACCAUAAUGAUGGGAUUCUACGUAUGAGGCUAGAUUUCAGUACAUGUACUUCUGAUUUUCCAUAAAACGUCC